CACAGUGGUGGCUGACAAGGAAGCGAAGACUGAGGUUGUGAUAGAUGUGGCAAUCCCAGCGGACAACAACAUCAGCAAGAAGGAGCAUGAGAAAAUAGAGAUGUACAAGGGCUGUAGCAACAGCGGGAUGUGGAAGGUAAAGUCCAAAGUGGUCCCAGUGGUAAAGGAAGCAUUAGCUUUAAACCUGAAAUUGGAAGACUGGCUCCAGCAGAUUCCAGCACAACAUCAGAGGUGUUUGUCCAGAAGACUGCAGACAUAGGAACACCUAAGAUACUGCGCAGGACCCUCAAACUACCAGGCCUCUGGAAGAGAGCCGAAGCUUAAGAUUCAGAUGCAUACUAUCCCUUCUAAGGGGUGGUUAUUUUUUUUUAUUUUUAUAUGGGGGGUAACAAUUACUGGAAAGUGUAACUUAGGAUAAAGAGCGUGAAGUUUUAGUUUAAUAACAGUGACAUGUAUGCCGUGUUUCAUCAAGUUAUUUUCAGGUUUUGCAGUUCAUGUGAUGAGGACCUUUUAUUGUUAUUCUGCUGUAGCAAUUUUAAAGUACAUUGAGCUACUGAAUAUGCUGUACAUAUUAUUAGAGGUAUAUUUUAUGUUAUCAUUGUCGGUUUUUUGUAGGUUUGCUGUAUGUUUCCAAUUUUCAGCUGAAAAUAACUUCUUUCCAACAGGUUUUGGGUACUGUCCUCAUAAUCACAUUUUAAUAUCAUCAGCAAUAUUCAUAUGUUUUGCAAAAGAGAAAACUGCAACUCUGACUUACUGUGAAUAAAAAGAGGAACUGUAAGUUAACACAAGAACAUCACAACUUUUCCAGUACAAUGCAACUGACCACCAGCCAUGACAGCUGAUGAUUUGGAAAACUGACAAUGACAAACAACUUCACAAUGAGUGACCAUGGACUGAGUGAUGCUGCAUAUCUUUGUGAUACUGACUUUCCAACUUUUACUGGCCCUUUCUUCAUCUUGAUCUUUAUCAUCAGUGUCAUAGGCAACAGUCUCCUCUUAUGUGUUCUCUUCAUCUACGAGGGCCUGAAAAGUAUCACGAAUAUUUUCAUCCUGAACCUGGUCUGCUCUGAUUUGAUCUUCACCAUCACACUUCCAUUCUGGGCCGUUGAUCAUUUACACCACUGGGUCUUUGGGGACCUUGUCUGCAAAUUCCUGACUGCUGCAUUCUUUGUUGGUUUGUACAGCAGUGUCAUUCUGCUGACUGCCAUGACAGUAGAUCGUUUCACUCUCGUGGUGCUGCACAACUGGCCGAGCAACCAAGUUAUAAGGAAGAGGUGUGGAGUUGGUGCCUGUAUAGCUGCCUGGGUCAUCAGCAUCUCGGCAUCCCUGGGUGAUGCUAUUAAAGUAAAAGCCGUAAACUGGGAUAAUGUUACCUAUUGUGAGAAUGGAUCUGAUGACAAGCUUGGACAUUAUCUCCAAGUGUCACUGCUAUUCUUCCUCCCAUUUGCCAUCAUUAUUUUCUGCUAUUCUGCCAUCCUAAUGAAAGUUUUACAAGUUUUAAACAGAAAGAAGCACAGAACUGUUGCUGUGCUGUUGUGUAUUGUUGCAGCCUUUUUCAUUUGCUGGGGGCCAUACCAUAUUAUGCUUUUAAUCAAUUCUCUCAAUACAAACAAAGGUUGUAAGGUACAGAAACAGUUAGCAGUUGCCUACCAUAUUUGUGAAAUGCUUGCCUAUUCUCACUGUUGUAUGAACCCUCUGCUAUGUAUGCUCUCACAGAAGAUGCGAAAGCAUCUGUUGAAUCUUUUACGCUGUGAAAAACUGUGCAGGAAGAAAAGAGAGAGACACACCGGCCAGAACACUUCUGUUACUCAUAAUGUAGCUUUCACAACUGCGAGUUCUGCUGUUCAGUUGGAACUGCAUCCAUUAAACAUACACAGUUGAAAUUAAACACCGAUUCAGUCUGUAAC